GCUUUUCCUGUCAGUGUGGAGACGCGGCUCCGUCGCCGGUUCGUUUCCGCGCCGGUUCGGGCUUCUCCGCUUCCUCUCUGCCCUCAUGGCUCAGCUCUGCUACAACCGGGGCUGCGGGCAGCGCUUCGAUCCCGAGAACAACACGGAAGAAUCUUGCACAUAUCACCCAGGAGUGCCGGUCUUUCAUGAUGCUCUUAAAGGCUGGUCAUGCUGUAAAAGAAGGACUACAGACUUUUCUGAUUUUUUAAGUAUUGUGGGUUGCACCAAGGGUUUCCAUAGUAGUGAGAAGCCCCCUGAACCUGUCAAACCUGAAGUUAAAACUACCUCUGAGCGAAAGGAGUUAGCCGACCUGAAACCUAAAUUUCAGGAACACAUAAUUCAGGCACCAAAGCCAGUGGAAGCCAUUCGGAGGCCAAGCCCAGAUGAGCCAAUGAAUUUCUUGCAGCUGAAAGUAUCUGCUUCAUUGAAGCAAGCGUUAGAGAAGCUAAAACUGUCAUCAGGGAAUGAAAUAAAAAAAGAGGAUGAUAGCGAAGAGAUAAAGAUUGGGACUACAUGUAAAAAUGCAGGCUGUACAAAGGUAUUUGAAGGACCACACAGCAUGGACGAAACAUGUAUAUACCAUGCAGGUGUGCCUAUCUUCCAUGAAGGGAUGAAGUACUGGAGUUGUUGCAAGAGGAAAACGUCAGACUUCAAUACUUUCUUGUCUCAAGAGGGUUGUACAACAGGAACUCACGUGUGGAUUAAGAGGGAUUCUGAGAAAAAAAUGAUUUCAUGCAGACAUGACUGGCAUCAAACUGGAGGUGAAGUGACCAUUUCAAUCUAUGCGAAGAAUUCAGUUCCUGAACUCAGCCACGUAGAAGCAAAUAGCACACUGUUAAAUAUUCAUAUUGUAUUUGAAGGCGAUAAGGAAUUUAAUCAGAAUCUGAAUUUAUGGGGUGUGAUCGAUGUGAAAAGAAGUUAUGUAAAUAUGACUGCUACAAAGGUUGAGCUCACUAUGAGAAAAGCUGAUCCCAUGUUAUGGGCAGGCUUGGAACUCCCAUCGUCCAAAAUACAACAGAAACAGCAGCAAAACAUUGCAGAGCAAGCUUGAAAUCUGAAAGGGGUAGUUGUUGAUGUUGAAGUGGUGACUUGCUGUUGUAAUAUGAGUUGAUUUUAUAUGUAGUCACUUUUAAAAACUUUGCAUUCCAGCUCUGGUAUUACACUAGGCUUUUCAACAUUGCAAUAGAUCCCUUGUUUCGUUGUACUGGCCCUUAUUAGCAGAAUUAAAGCUUUGUGAAUGUUGGAGUCUGCCUUAUCUGGCUAUGAGAGAGGCAUGUGGCUUCCAGUAGUCCAGACUAACCACAGUUGUAAGCUAUCGUACAAAGUGGCAUUUAGGUAAGUGUCCUUGGCUGACUACUUUGCCUUGAGAAUAGUUGACAUCCUGUGCCUUGGGUUCCCAAAACCUUCACUUUGACCUAGUUCUUAUUCGUAAUGAAAACCUGUAUUUGGGUGGUACCACUUCCCACUGCAGGUGGGGUCACACAUGAUUGAGUGUACCACAAUAUAGAAUACUCCUUCCACAUAGAAAACUAAUUAUGUCUUUGCUCCGGCAUCUAGUUUUCUACGAGAAGAGGAUUUUCUUUUCUUCCUCGUCCUCCCCCCUUUUUUUGGGGGGGGGGGGAGUGCAGACCAUUAGAUAAUCUGAGACCUCACCUAAGACUCAACCUUGCUACUUCAGUAGGAACUAAGCCUUGUUCAAAGUUCUUUUGCGAAGGCUUAGGUAGCUACCUUCUUGUAUGUACUCAAUGCAAGGAAGUUUUUACUUGGAUGCUUUUAUUGUUAAAUUUUGUAAAUCCAGGUUUGCAUCUAACCAAAGACUUACCUCGCCCCCCAUUUAAAAGCAGUAAGGGGAAUUAUAAUUGGGUGUGAGUGAUUGGAUUUGGGCAACAAUUUACCAGGGCAGUGGGCAUUGAUCUAUGUGAGCAAGCUAGUUGUCUGUAUAGCAUCUUGUAAGGAGACGCUUCAUUUUCUUCUAUGUUUGGGUUUUCCCUGGCCCAUAGUGAAAAUUGCCCAUAAAUGUUUGUUUACCUUCUGCGAUUCAAUACCCAUUUAACUGGACACCUGGCACAGUCUUCCAAGGCUGCCUGGACUUUUUAUAGCAAAUUUCUAACCCUCAUUGUUGUGAAGCAGGACUGACUUCUCUUCUGGAGGACCAGGACUAUGCCCUGCAUUGCAACCUGGUGUCCCCUUGAGCAAACCUGUCACGUUAUUCCUUUUUUACCCACAGAUUUCCAUUUACCAGUACUACCCCUUGCCAAAGUGCAUGUUUUUAGGGUGGGCAGGGAGAGCUGAAGUUUUUGGAAUAAAGAAUAUUAAUGUAAAAUUCACAACUCUGUAAACUGUUGUACAUGAAUUAUAAGUUCUGCUGCAGAAUGGUGUGUUCUAAAGGAGCUUUUUGUUCAAUACAUGAAGACAAAAUGAAGUUCCUGUAGACAUAGAGCUACUAAUAUGAUUAGGCCGUGGCUUUGAUUACCUGAAUAAAGUGGUGUUCAAUGUUGGUAGAAAAACAACAUUGUUUUAACUUGCACACUACAUGUUGAGAGAGGCUGUAACCUUGGUACGAUCCUAUUCAGAAAAAUGCUUGUUAAUAGAGGCUAAUGGCAUAUGCUACUGCCCACUUCUCUUUGAUAAGAGCGAGUUCUUCAAAAACGGAAGCUAUGUAAGCCAAUGGUUUUGUGGUCCAAUUUUUUUUGAAACGGGUCGCAACAUCUCGUGGCUUUUUUCAGUGGUGAAACAUUACUAUGUUGAUGCUGAAGUUUAUACCCAAAUAGAGACUGGAAAUGAAGCUGUCACUUAACGUUUAUUUUCCUAUGAGAUUCGAAAACUCAUAAGGAGCACUUGCUCAUUGAAAACCAAUCCCGUUGUUUGGAAAUACUUUAUACUAUGUAAAUAGUUACUUCUUUACAAAGUACAACAAAGCCAGGUUGAUCGAAAUUGGUCACUUCUUUCACUUGACUGUAUGGGUUUCUUUCUGAUUGGAGGCCAACAUAUGCUCAACGUAUUAAAUGGUUGUCCCUUUUUAAUAAUAUAGCUUUACUGCCUAGAACUGGCACAUUCGGCUGUCACAAAAUUUAGGUUCAGUUUAUGCCUGUAAACCAUCCACGGCUUUGUUCAAUGCCCUUUCAGUGGCAGUAGCAGCAGUCCCUAGGCACAAACAAGAGAAUGAAUCUGUUUCCUCCUAAUUCAGCAUUGCCAUCAAAAGCCCUUGGUUGUCUCUGCUUUUUAACAGCAGAAACGACUAUGGGGUUGCUAUAUCUUUUUCGUUCCUCUCGGCUUUUGACACUGACUGAGACCCUAAUGGGUCUGUGCAGGCGUACUGUAGCCAUUUGUUCUGAGACCUGGUGCUAUAGUCCGUGUUCUCUGAUUGUGUAUUGGCUAGUUCACAGGCUUCAGUUUGAACUAGAGCUUUCACGUUUACAAUUGCAUAACCUUUCCUUUCUAUUGCAAAUUAACUUCUAGUGCACAACCCUAUUACUUCAGCCCUUGAUGCUCAUAAGCUUCUACCAGCAUCCAGGAGAGGAGGCUGGAUCAUUGUCUUCGCCGCCUCUUCUGCUCUGCAUUAGGUGAGCUUUUUUGCCUGUCUAGCUGGGGUGUUCCGGAGGAGGAGGGAAGGAAGUUGGAGAGGCCUCAGGAUAGCUUGUAUCCCAGCCUCUCCAGUCUCCACCCCUCCCCAUCUACAGGAACACCCCCUCUCCGAGGUUGUAUUCCCAACCUCUGGGAGGCAGCCAGCACAAUUCUUUCUACUCCAGCUGGGAGGAGGAGGAGGAGUGGGGUAGAGAGCGGAUGAAUUCCAGAUCUAAGGUUGAAGCACCAUCUCUGACCUCAGAUCCAGAAAUCCGAAGUAUCCUACGGUCCCCCAGGACCAUCAAUUGCUCCCCCAGUCAACUUGCUAUGGACAUGCCUGUGCAUCCUGGUUCAAGUACAGGUUCAUAUUGGGGUCCAAACUGCGUCAAGCCUUCCUCGUUAUUAAAAAUGUUACUCAGCAAAGUCACCACUUCAGCAGUCAGCCCUAUUCAAAGUUUUGUCUUGAAAAGAAAAAAAGAUUUAUUCUGUAUAAUAAUGCAAUUAUUUGCUUUAAAUUAUAGCAUGAGAUAUUUUUAAAAAAUUCAACAGCAGUUAAUUGAAUUUUUCCGUAUCGCAACCAGGAACUUUAUUGUACAUGGAAAUUGGCUGAAAAAAAUAGGUGUCUGGAACACUAGAAGUUUUUAAAAUUGUUUUUUAGUAUGUUUUUUCCCCCUGCAUGGAUGUCUGCUUUAAUUUUUGUUCCUGAAGAAUGUUAGAGGUCUCAUGACUUCAGACCCUUUUAUAAAUUUAUGGAAUAAACAGUUAACAUAAAA